AUGACCUCCAAUAUGAAUUUCGAAGCUCCAAGCUCCAUUCCCCCACGUACUAGCUCCGCGAAUGCUACAAGCCCGUCAAAACACCGCCGCAACAGAUCUAGCGUCGAUGGCACUAAGUACAAAGAUGGUACUUGGUCGCCGAGGAACGAGGAGAUUCUCAUGGGUCCCUACGACUACCUCCAGGCGCACCCAGGCAAGGACGUCCGGCGCCAGAUGAUCGAAGCCUUCAACUCCUGGCUUCAGGUCCCUCCUGGUAGCUUGGAGAUCAUCACGCGCGUGGUAGCUAUGCUGCACACAGCCUCAUUGCUGAUCGACGAUGUCGAAGACAGCUCCGUCCUCCGUCGCGGAAUCCCCGUCGCGCACAACAUUUUCGGCACAGCCCAAACCAUCAACAGCGCCAAUUACGUCUACUUCCUCGCGCUGCAGGAGGUACAAAAACUCAACAAUCCCGCCGCAAUCGACAUCUUCGUCAAAGAACUCCUCAAUCUACACCGCGGCCAAGGCAUGGACCUCUUCUGGCGCGACACGCUGACUUGCCCGACGGAGGACGAAUACUUGGAGAUGGUGGGCAACAAGACGGGGGGGCUAUUCAGACUUGCGGUGAAGCUAAUGCAAGCAGAGAGCGCGACGGGUAAGGACUGUGUCAGCCUUGUGAAUGUCUUGGGCCUGAUCUUCCAGAUCUGCGAUGAUUAUUUGAACCUGUCCAAUACGACGUACACGCAGAACAAGGGCAUGUGCGAAGAUCUGACGGAAGGCAAAUUCUCGUUUCCGAUUAUUCAUAGCAUUCGUUCGAAUCCGGGGAGUCAUCAGCUUAUUAGUAUUCUCAAGCAGAAGACCACUGACGAAGAGGUUAAGCGGUAUGCUGUGCAGUACAUGCAGAGUACGGGGAGCUUUGAGCAUUGUCGGGUUGUUGUCAAGGGGUAUCGGGAUCAGGCGUUACUUUUGAUUGAUGCGAUUGAUGCUACUCCAGGUAGCAAUGGCGCUGGUGAUGGGAGUAUGGUUCGGGCGGUUCUGAAUAAGAUUGUUAAUUCGACUCUGGAGUCAUGA